CGAUUGCGUUCCAAGACCACCAUCUUGGCUUGUCAAAUAAGCGUUGUUGUAGAAGUAUCCCGCAGAAAAGGUGCAUCACAAGUUAAAUUCAAUUUAUUUUAUAGUGAUUUUUAGAUAAUCAGCUAUUAGAAAACAUAUCCAGUUCGGUGCGUGUGCCCCAGCAAGAUGUAGUGAACGAGCAGCGAGCAAUUAGAACGAAUCACCGAAAAUAGCUGUAUAUGGAUUUGCCGAACGUUACAAAAAUAUAACGUGUUUUGCUUUGUACGAUAGCGAUAUAAAGCAUGGAUACGCGCAAACGAGGUCGCGGCAAGCCCAAAUCGCCCGCUCACGCCGCCGGCGAAUCCGCCGCCCCAGCAGAACCGCAAAUUGAAAUAGCGCCAAAAUUAACCCCGGAGAAAAAUCGAUCUGAAAGCGCCGAUAAAGAAGCCGAAAUUACUAAGGAAAACGUCGGUAAUGGCAAAGCGGACGAAAUCGAACCAACAGAGAAACCCAAAGAUGAGUCUAGCACUGAAUCCAAACCUGAACCAGUUACAGAGCCGCAUUUAGAGCAAAAAACUGAAUCGAAACAACUCGAAGAUCACAAUUCCAUUAUGGAAAGUGUCGAAAGACAAGUGGAAUCUAUUAUGAUGGGCACCGAUCCGAUUAAAGAUCAUGUAACCGACGAUUCUAUCACGAAAGAGGACGAUUCCAAGGAGAAGGCUUUGAAGGGAAAGAAAAGGAAAAUAGAUCUCGAUACGAGUAAAUUAGAUGAUGACCAGAUGAACGUCGAUAUGUACCCGAUUGGAACUAAAGAAAUUUUAGGCAAAGGGAAAAGGGCGAGGAUUCCAAACAAAAGAUACAGCGAUGUUCUGUUGUCGCCUACGCACAGUAAAAAAACCUCACUAACAGCCGUUGAAAAUGGAAAUGUUAUCGAAAAAGUGGAUAAACCGCAGGAAAAAGUGGAGAAACCGCAGGAAAAAGUAGAAAAGGCGCUGGAAAAAGCGCCGGAAAAACUAGAAAGAACGGAAUCUACGAAUUCUGGAAACGAGACGGAUACAUCCAUGGGGCAUUCGGAUCCGAAAUAUCUAAAACCGUUCGAGUUCGGUUGGAAACGGGAGCUCGUAUGGAGAUUGACCUACGACGAGAGCAAAGGCAGACAGGGCGACGUUUAUUACUUUACCCCGACGGGCAAGAAAGUUAGAUCGAGGCGAGAGGUGGUGGAACAUUUAACGGGCAAGGACCUCACUAUCGAUAAUUUCUCGUUUUCCAAAGAAGAAAUCGGCAUCGGCGAUCCCGAGUUGGAAAUUAUCAGGAACGCCAAGGUGGGGAAUACGGACAAAAGCCUUAUUAAGCAAGCGGUGAAUAGAUCGUUGAAGAACACCCCCGUAUCAUCACCUAAAAGUCCCAAGAUGCCCUCCUGCGCGAGCUCGAAGAACUUCGGUUCUAAAGUGUCGAGUCCGAAGCUGGCUAGUCCCAAAGUCGAGACCACCGAGGCAGCUAUUAGUCCUAGCAAAAUUAAACCAGCCAAAAAUAUCAGGAUGAAGACUCCCGCGAAAAAAGAUGUUAAAGAAACGAAAAAGGUCGAAACUCCCGAAGAACAAAUGGAAGUCGACGAGCCUCCUGCUAAGACGCUUUCCAGCAAAAAAGGCAGGAAACUAAGUUGCGACGAUACCGAAACGGGCGGCAAUGUUAGUAGCCCCGACAAGCCCUGUCAACCUUGUUCGAUACGAUGCAAGGGCGUGCGCGGCGUCGUGCCGACUCUGCAAUGUCGAAUUUGUCUCUGCCUCUACCAUCACGAAUGCGUGGGCGUUUCAUCAGCGCUCUUGCUGUUGCCCUAUGUCUGCAAGAAUUGUCAUUUGGAGGGUCAAGAACAAACGCCCGUCCAAGCAACGUUGCCUCUUCCACCUUUGACUCCCAUAAAUGUCCUAAAGUCGGCCGGCAACCAAUCUAACGCCCUUCCUAAAUUGCAAAGAAUACCGAAACCGUCGACGGACGAUCCGGAGGCGCCGGUCGAUCCCCUUCCGCUUCCGGAGCCCCCCAAACUAACCCCGAGACCGCCGCAAACGGACGAAACGAAAUCGUUGGUGGGCUCGUUGACCACCUGGUUGCCCCACAAUUCUAAAAUCAUUGACAGUAUUCAGGCGACGGGCGAGGCGCAGGCCGGCGUCCCGCGGCCGCAGUACAUCGAAAUAUUGGCCGGUAGAAAGUUUUUAGUCAUACCCAAGCACAAUUUCCUGACGAUAUCGCCGCCGGCGGCAGCGACGGCCGUCGGCGACGCCGACGACGCCCUCCUAAACGCGGACUCGGCCGAUUCGGCGGAUUCUCGCAUUAAAAUCGAGCCCGAUUCGCCCUCGAAACCGGAAAAUUCCCAAACGCCGGAAGCGAUGCCGUCGGACGCCGAAGGGUUUUCCGAUGAGAAAGACGCCGCCGCGUCAGCGUUGAUGGAUGUUACGGAAUGUGGCUCCUCGUCAAUGUCUGAAAGCUUCGGUGCGAAGAAACCUUCUAUAUCUUCACCCUCUUCGGCUGUCGUCAACAAUACUUCAAGCGUUAGUACACCCGCAGGACACCCGAAGACCACCACAACAUUGAAAAAACGCACAAUCAAACUACGCAGCAUCACGACGAGCUCCGACGAAAAGGACAAGGACGAGAACAAGUUCAUGUUCAACUACCUUCAAAACCUCUCGUACGGCUACAACACGCUGCUGUACGUGUUCCAAUACCUGAAGGUGCAGGACCUGUUGCGGGCCAGUUGCGUGUGCACGAUGUGGCGCGACAUCGCCGGCCAUCCGAUGCUGUGGAAGACGGUGAGAAUGAAGAAUUCGCAGGUGCACAGCUUCGACGGGCUGGCCAACAGCCUGAGGAAGCACGGCACGGUCCACUUGGAUUUGAGGAAGAUGCUGUUGCCGAACGGCGGCGACGAAAUUUGGCCGGAAUUCUCGAAGGCGAUCGCCAAGGUGGAGACGCUAAGGCGGAUCGAGCUGUGCAGGUGUCCGGCGUCGGUGGUGGAGAAUUUGGCGGCGUCGAAUCCCCGGCUGGAGGUGAUCAACGCGGUGACGAUCAAAUGCGAAAGCAUGAAUUUGGAACCGUUGAAAUCGUUGAAGGACAUCAACGAGUUACGCUUGAAAUCGACCGGCGGAUUGACUCUUACAUCGAACAUAGAUUCGCUGAAAUUUAUGAAAGGUCUGAAGCAUCUAUCGCUGACAUCGAUAAAGGAUUUGGACAAAAUGAAUUUGGACGUGAUCGCGGAACUGGCGAAUUUGGAAUCGUUAGAUUUAGGCGAAUGCACUGAUUUUCCGAAGGACUUCGGCGACACCAUCUUAAUCAAACUGACCAAGUUGGAACGGUUGAGGUUAGAGAAGGGCCAAGGCAAUUGCCAUACGUUCGAAAUCCUCGAGGCAGUCAAACAAAUGGACAAACUCGAUCAGUUAGAACUCGUUAAUUUCGAUAUAAAAAGCGGCUUCGACAAAGCCCUGGGCGUCUGUCAUAACAUAAAGAAACUCCUCAUUAUACCUACUUAUAUAUCGCAAAGCGCCACCACCAAUCACAUGGUGUUGGGGGGCGUGCGGCGGCUCCAGAAGACCCUGUCGCAUUUCGUUUGGGGCGUCACUUUGGAGCUGCUGCGAGUCACCGAGCUGUUUGUGGAUCAGUGCGAAGAGCCCAAAGAUAAGAAAGACAAAGUGCAAGUGGGCAACGGCGAUUGCAUACCCGUUUUGAAGCCCGUGCCGCUCGUAUUGGAUAAAAACAGUGAGGUGUCUCCGGCGUUCGAGCCGCCGCAAGUGGAAAUUUUGGCGUUGCCCAGUUUGCAGAAACUUUUGAUGCAAAACUUACCAACGACUCGAGUCAAGAUUUUGAAGAUACCUUUCCACGCGACUUGGAGGCAAAGUAUUACGGAUUCAGUGAAUUAAUCAGAGACGUUGUUUUCAUAUUAAUGUAGGAGUAGUAGGAUUAUUUGAAAUAGUUGUAACUGACAUUUUAGUUUUUAUUGUAAUAUAUCCCUCAAAUUUGGUUUUUGGCUGAUUUUGUUUGUACCAGGGUAUCCUAUUAUUGUUGAACGUUUCUUUGAGGGAAUAUUAUAAUGUUCGAUGAUUUUAACGAAUUAAAUGAGAAUGACGUGAACAUCUUAUGCUAGUUUAUUAUUGACUAGUAAUGAGCGUAUAUUGCUAUUUUUUUGUUAUUUUAAACAGUAAAUUUCCCGAAUGUUCAUAAAAAAGAAAAAAAAAAUACAAAUUUUAAAGUAAUUUUUGUACAUGUUCGUUCCCCAUUGUUUUUUUUAUUUAUUUACAUCGUAUAAAGUAACUAGGAGAUUAUAAAAUUAAAUCCAUAUUAUAAUGGUGAAUAUAUGUACAAUAAAAAUAAAAAACCAAUAAAAAAAUAUACAACGUAAUUCUUAUUUAUUAUAAAAAAGCUAAGGAAGGCCACCAUAUUGAAUUAAAAAAAUGUCGUGUGACCCAAAACUUUCGCUUUUUUUUUCUAAACGUUUUAAACCAAUUUCCGCAUUAAAGCAAUUUUUAUUCAACAACUUAAGACUAGUGCUGCAUCAUAACCAAUCAAUUCCAAUACAAAUUAUAACAAAUAAAAUAAUAUUUUCACAACAGCACUAAUUUUAAAUGUACACUUCUUUUAAUUUAAUAAGAAGUUGCCAACAACCAUUCAUCAAAACGGUAUUAAAUAUAUUAAUCGGUAAGUAUCGAGAUCAGAUUACUUCCAUGUCUACGCAAUCGUAUGAACAUUUUGUUUUAAAGCUUAUUGCACAUAGAAUCUUAGUGACUUUUUUUUAAAUCCCUACAUCAUUAAAACAUGCAUAGGUCAUCAUGCUAAGACAUAUCGCGACUAACGUUCGGUAUGUAAAGUAUAUUAUUCUUUUUCAAGAGUUCUUUUAGCUCCUUGUUCUCCCUCUCCAAAGCGACCGCUUUGGCGUUUCGAGACUCGAAAUUCCUAAGCAACUCGUCGUGUUCCCUACACAAUACCUGAUAUUUCUCGCCGAUAUCUUUCAUAUCCAUGAUGUAAUCGCACGCUUUCGCCAGGAUCCCGCCCUUCGACUGCCCGUCGUAGUGGCCGUUGGCUCGGAUCUCGCCGUUCGCGUUAUCAGGUACUAUAGUGGCCAAUUUCGUUAUCCAAUUGUUGAUUUUAUCGCGCCGCCGUCGCUCGACUUCGUUGUGCGUGGCCCUCCGUCUCUCGUCCCUCUACAAAACGCAAUUAGAACACCCUUAGAGCACGCGAAAAUCCGGCAUUUUACUUUUUUUAUGGUGGUCGUCACGGUGUUGGUGCUCGACUCGACUAUGGCCGUCCGGGGGGCAAUCGCCCUGGCGCCCGUUUGAGCGGUGAACAUUUCAUUGGCGUUGCCGAUCACGUACAACUGCCCGUUCAAAUUGCUCCCGAUCACUUGGGAGACUUGAUUGAAAUUGCCCGGCGCUGUCGUUACCAAUUGGGGCCCGGUUUCGACGUUCGAUUCGUCUACUUGAAGCACCCUGUAGGUUAUCAUGUUACCUAAAAUAGCGUAUAUUUUAGAAAAUUAGCUGUGUAA